AUGGCGGUGGCGCCGCCGCCGCUACAGCAGGAGAGAGGGGCGAGGGCUCCGGCGGAGCAGGCUGCGAGAUGCCCCCGCUGCGAAUCCACCGACACCAAGUUCUGCUACUACAACAACUACUCCCUCUCUCAGCCCAGGUACUUCUGCAAGGCCUGUCGGAGAUUCUGGACCAGGGGAGGAUCACUGAGGAAUAUUCCGAUGGGCGGUGGCAGCAGGAAGACCAGGCGCCCCCUGUCUUUCCCCUCCUCAAGGAAAAUUCCCCGGCGACAGCAGCCUCACGCCGCCACUCCGCUGCCGCCGCCCCCCGCCGGGUUUCUUCUCGAUCGCCAGACGCCCAGCUUCGUCGGCUGCCCCCUCUACGGGAUCAGUGGGCAGGCGGCAGCGCCGCAUUUCUGGCAGCUCGACAGCGCACCGGCGGCGGCGGCCAUAAGAGAGCUUUCUUCCUGCCGGAACAUGGACGGAGAUGGGAACCUCUUAAUGGGCAUGGGGGAUGGUAAUUUGGCUGUGGACCCUGGGAGGGAUUUCUACUGGCAUGGCCUGGUCAACAGCUUCCUAUUUUAG